AUGACGACGGCGGCCGGCAUGCCGGGGUCGCCGGUGGGCUCGGCGGCCGCGGCGGCUGGCGGUCCCGCGGCGCCCGAGGUGGCGGCCAGGGACGCGGUGAUCGGGUGGUUCCGCGGCGAGUUCGCGGCGGCCAACGCGAUGAUCGACGCGCUGUGCGGCCACCUGGCGCAGAUCGGCGGCGGCGGGCCCGAGUACGACCCCGUCUUCGCCGCGCUCCACCGACGCCGCGCCAACUGGUUCCCCGUCCUCCACAUGCAGAAGUUCUACCCCGUCGCGGACGUCACCGUCCAGCUGCGCCGCGUCGCGGACGCCCGCGCCGCCGCCGCUGCCGCCGCGGGGUCCUGCUGCUACUCGGAGGAGGCCACGUCCACGGUGAUCCAGGAGCCCAUGGAAGACCUCCCCGCUGAGGCUGAGCCCGAACUGGAGCCGGAGCCGGAGCACGAGCAGGAACAGGAUCCCAUACAGCAGGAUCCGGCACCGGCGGCCGAGGAGGCUGACGGCACCGUCAUCGACCCCGCCGUGGAGUACCACGAGCAGGACGCGGAGGUUGAUUCCUCCGGAGAUUCGUCGGAGCGGAAGGCCCCUCCACGGUAG